AUAUUGACUUAUUUCAGUCCAACGUAUUUACGCGUUUACGCGUCCUAACCGCGACGUUCUAGCCGCGACGAUAGGUUACUACCGACCAAUCCGCUACCGACCGAGCGACAGCGAGCGAGCUACGACUACGACUAGCGAGCGAGCCACGACUACGACCAGCGAGCGCAGCUUUCCUCGUACAGCGACGUUUCCUUGGGCAGGACGACUUGGCGACUUUGCUGCACACACUUGAAUGGUGGAAGAACUCAAUACCCCGGCCCUUAUCGUCCCGAGCCGAAACUCAGGAUGCGCUUCCUCCCCGCCCUCCCCAUGGGGACUCCAGAAACCAACAGCGGCAGUUCGCUUGUCUUUGUGAAGGUAUACAAGAAGCUGGAACUGCUCUCCUCAGCGCAAGCUUGGCCAAUGUCGUGGCGCCAUCCUAUAUGGAGGCCCUCCUUCCGCAUUGCAACAGAACGCCACAUGAUCUUCCUUCCUCCGCUUGUUCGGCAAUGUCCUAGCAUAAAGGAAGGACGAUUCAUAGCUGUACAUGAUCGGAUGUGUGUUCCUUCAAAAGUUCGUACUGACCAUUCAAUUGAGGAUCGCCGCCAUUUCAGCGCACCGCAAAAAUGAGGCUUCCGCCAAAAUGGUACCAAUUUUUGGUGUCUGUCUUCGCGUCGUUGGGAUCUGUUCUCUAUGGCUAUGAUCUCGGUGUCAUCGCUGGUGCGGUGGCGAGCGACAACUUUGUCAGCACAUUCACUCCAACAUCCGCGGAAACAGGAGCGGUGGUCUCAGUGUUCACCGGAGGAGCUUUCUUCGGUGCAUUCUUCGCAGGUCCUUCUGGCGAUUACCUGGGUCGGAAGAAGACAAUCCUUCUCGGUGCGCUUGUCUUCAUCCUCGGAGGUGCUUUGCAGACAGGAGCACAGUCGUUGGCCUAUCUGUAUGCUGGCCGCCUUAUUGCUGGCGCUGGUGUUGGAGUUCUGGUCAUGAUAAUUCCACUUUACCAGGCUGAACUAGCACAUCCGGAUAUCAGAGGUCGUGUGACUGCACUUCAGCAAUUCAUGCUGGGAGUAGGAGCUCUAGUUGCGAGUUGGGUCUCAUAUGCCACAUACACAUACAUCCCGGCAUCCUCCAGCAAUCAAUGGCGGGUAUCUCUUGGUAUCCAGAUCGUUCCUGCUGGGUUCCUCGCAAUGCUAAUUAUGCUGUUCCCGGAGUCGCCAAGAUGGCUCAUCGAUCACGGCAAGAAUGAGUUGGGCCUAGCCACAUUGGCUAAACUUCACGCGCACGGCGAUCAGAAUGAUGCUUGGGUACGAGCCGAAUAUGACCAAAUCCAGGACAUGAUUACCUUCGAGCAUGAACACGAAGCCAAAUCGUACAUUGAGCUGUUCUCUAAUAAAUCAUGUUUCCGCCGACUCUUGCUGGCAUGCUCCAUCCAAGCUUCGGUCCAGAUGACCGGUGUCUCUGCGAUUCAGUACUAUUCCCCCGCGAUCUUCAAGCAGAUUGGCAUUCCGGGCUCCGACACUCUCAAAUACCAGGGCAUCAGCAACAUUAUCGCUUUGAUUGCCCAAUUUUGCUGCAUUAUGCUCAUCGACUAUACUGGACGACGGUGGGCAAUGAUAGGCGGGAAUCUGGGAAACAUGGUGACUUUUAUCAUUGCAACAAUCCUGCUGGCGAAGUUCCCACCAGGAGCGACAAACAACGAUGCUGCAUCCUGGGCCUUCAUCGUCAUUACUUGGCUCUACAACUUCUCCUUUUCAGCGACUAGUGGUCCUUUGUCCUGGAUUGUCCCUGCGGAAAUCUUUGACACCAGGACUAGAUCCAAAGGUGUUUCCAUCGCUACAAUGACAUCUUUCGCGUUCAAUACCAUGAUCGGACAGGUUACGCCUAUAGCUUUGGAGAACACUGGCUGGAGGUUCUACGUUGUCUUUGUGGUCUGCAAUUUCACCAACGCUAUCUGGUUCUGGAUGAUCCAGCCAGAAACGAAGAAGCGGCCACUGGAGGAAAUGACUUACUUGUUCACGAAUGCACCUUGGUUCGUUCCAGGAAUGAACAUGAAGGAUUAUGAGAACCAUGACCUCGAGCACAGAAUUGAAGAAGUGCAAAGAAAAGGCAGCACUGUGAGUCAAGUUGAGGUGGGGGAUAAGUAUUGAGGAUGGAAAUGAGACGCGCGCUAUCGGCAUCUGGACGCCAAUUGCCCAUCCUCAGCAGAUUUCGACAAACCUUUUUUUCAUAGUA